UCCCUCAUUUUAAAAAAUAUUUUGCCUUGAUGAUCAUUUCUCAACACCUCCUCAGCCCAGAAGCCUCCAAAGUCCCUACCAGGUCAGCUCUUCCCCUGCAGCAGCUCCCCAACAAGAGGAUAAAGGUCUCCACCGCCAGGAGGAUGAAAGUCUCCAUGGCAGCCACCUCCCUCUUCCUCAUCCUCCUCAUCACCUGCGCUCUGGGGAGAAAGCCUGAACAGUCCUCACGAGGACCUUACCACCCGGCCGAGUGCUGCGUCAGCUACAUUGCCCAGGCAAUCACACGUCACCGGAUCACAGAUUAUUAUGAGACCAGCAGCCAGUGCUCCAAGCCUGGAGUUGUCUUCAUCACCAAAAAGGGCCAUUCCGUAUGUGCCAACCCCAGGGACGACUGGGUCCAGAACUACAUCAAGGACCUGGAGGAGAAACGAGUGACCCGGAAGUAGUGGAGGAGGGCACGGCUGGCCAUCUUAAAGAGAAGAGGCCAUGGCCCCCUUCCCAGCCCCAACUCCCCACCCCAGCCGCCUCUCGGGAGCUGCCUUGCCAUGAAUUAAAGACCUUGAAUUCACA